GCCGUGUGACGUCACAUUUACAUCACGGGCCGUGUUUUGUUUUGCCUGGCCGGGGCGGUCGCCUCACAUUAGCAUACAUACAGACCGGAGAGCAGAGCGGAGGAAUGAUGCCGUCCGAGAAGAGCUUCAAACAGAGGCGGACCCUGGAGCAAAGAGUAGAGGAUGUGAGGCUGAUCCGCGAGCAACACCCCACCAAAAUCCCGGUCAUUAUCGAGAGGUACAAGGGGGAAAAGCAGCUCCCGGUGUUGGAUAAAACCAAAUUCCUUGUUCCAGAUCACGUCAACAUGAGCGAGCUCAUCAAAAUUAUCCGGCGACGCCUACAGCUGAACGCCAACCAAGCAUUCUUCCUCCUUGUGAACGGUAACAGCAUGGUGAGCGUAUGCACGCCAAUCUCUGAGGUCUACGAGCGCGAAAAGGACGACGACGGCUUCCUCUACAUGGUCUACGCCUCACAGGAGACGUUCGGCAUGAAAGACGCAUGAACUACACCACGGCUGACAUUUUUGGUUUUAUUUUUUACAUUUUAAAUUUUUAUUUUUAUUUUCCUUUUAUGUCCUUUUAGAGAAAACUGCAACACAAAGCAGGUCUUCUCUCCCUAGGUAUAUACAGUAUGUAUGUAUUUGUGCUACCCAGCAAAUCCAUUUUUUAAUAAUGGCUCUUCUCCGCUUUAAAUUAAAAACAUGCAAAAAAAAAAUUAAUUUAU